UUCACAUUCGACCAUGCCGACGGGGGCGUCGACGCUCGAGGACUUCGACGUAUACGAGUCAAAUCCGUUCGACGACUGCGACGUACCCGAGGACGACAACAACCCCGAGCCGACAAAAUCAGGCAAACAAGGAGGCGCAUUUGACUUUCAAAAGUGGGUCGCUCGGAAAGACAAGUAUGAGCGGGUGCUCCAAGCCCUGCGCGCCAUCUCCACGGACCGCGCGGCGAAUGAAUCGCAGUGGUUUGAGUGCGCAGUGGCGCUGGCGGCGACGGAUUGUUUGCUCAAGGUGGGCCGCACGGACAAGUGCGAUUGCGAAGGGAUUUGUCGAGACCCGGGCCAUGCCGUGUCCAAGCAACGAUCGCGCUGUCAAUGUCCAGCGCCCAAAUGCUCCAUUUGCAACCGGUGCAUUGGCACCACUGUGGGGACAAUCACGGACAAAAUGCAAGAAAUCAUGCGACUGUAUCGGGGAAAGUCCCACGAUAGCGACUUGGAAAUAGCGCACCAAGUGGCCAAUAUGGGCGAAGGACAUCUUUUGAAUGGCGUGAAAAUCACUGGACUGGCACUGCGAAUGUCCAAGUCCGUGCUCGCCCAGUGUAGUGUGUUGCUCGGGCCCGACCAAGCCAAGAUGCAGCGCCCUUGUGCAUGUCCGAUGCGUUCGUUGGGGGAUCACUGGGUGCACUGGACCAAGGCCAAUCAUUCGUUUAACAAGGUGCGGCUGUCCGACGCGCAAGCCAAAAAAUUUGGAGGCGCCACGCGACAGCUCAUGGAAUUCGUGGAAGCGGACAAUGUGUACUUGCUCACCAUCAAGUGGCGGGUGGCUGCCAAGCCCCAAAAGGGCGACACGGCUAAAAUCGCGGCUCGCCGAUGCCUCUCGGCCGACGAAAAGAAGCUGAAUGCGGUGUUCAAAGCCCUGUGCAAAAAGUACUGGAUGCAAGCGCAACAUCGAGUGGUCGAGUUGCUGCGAGAGAAGAUCGAAGCUAUGACCAAGCAGAACCGUGACAAGUCGACUGAUCGGCCACGACCGCCCAAGUCCGUGGCCGAGAUGGAGACGGCCGUGUUGACAAAUGUGGGCGUCAAGCGCAUCGUGCAAUGGGUCGAAGACGACAAGGACGCGGUGCAAGCUAAGGCCGACGAAAGUCAAAAGGAAAAGCAAGAGGAAGGGUCAAUGGCCCACAAUGCUUGGGUCAAGCGCAAAGAUCGGUUGCGGGUCCGCGUGCCGACGUCUCCCACAAACCGCCACGGCAAUAGCGCCAUCAAGUCCAUGUGGAAACCGCCGAGGUUCGACUUUAGCACAUCUGGCCUUGUCCGCCCGAAAAAGAUGGAGAUGCCGUGCUGCGCCGUGGAUUUGAUGCGCAACAGCGGACUCAAGUAUGUACAUGCAAUGUCGGAGGGGUUCCAAGGCCGAGGCGGCGACUUGGACAAGUGCCGGGAAGUGCUACUCAAGAAAGGACACGUGUACAAGAGCAACUUCAACAUCGACGACCCCGACAGUGCCUUUUCCGAAGACAGGUACCGUUUUGAAAAGCAAGCCAUCAAAGCGACGGGGACCGCCGUCGUCGUUGGCGGCGUGACCCGCGAGGAAGGGAGCAAAGAGUCGUACGCAGUUUGGAUGGCGGCCAAAGCGCGGCGAGAUAAAGCCAUUGGAUUCCUCCAACAUGUGACCAAGCCCAAAGACAUGGAGCCAGAAGCAGCCCCGGCCACGCGAUGGCGGGACGUCGGACAAGCCCUCAAGGGGGUUGAUCGGUCGCUGCUCACGGCGUGGAUGACGUGGUCGGACGGGUUCAUGUCACAAGGACGGUGCCGCGUAUUGUGGGAAAGCUUCCCCCCCAUAGCUUGCGACGUGCACUCGACGUCAUCGGCCAUCCGCGACGUUUUCCUUAAGUUGUUGCACCGCAAGGAAGUCGACUACAAGGACGCGUUUCUUAAGUUUGCUACUCGCAAACACAUGCAAGCAGUCAAGGCGGGCGUGACCGACGACGAAGACAUGAAAGAUGACGACAAACUGCAAACGUAUGCCCACAUGACUGCAAAAGAGUUCACCAAGUUCUUGGCGGGGGUGGGGAUUCUACUCCAGCCAGAAGAAUGCGACCGCGUCGUCGAGUAUUUUGAUGCCAACGGCGACGGCACCAUCACCAUGCAGGAAUUCUUGGCGGUGACAGGGGACAAACGACUCACGCAGUGCCAUGGGGACACGGAAUUGGCGCUCAAAGACGUGUGCAUGUGGGAAACUGUGUGCCAUGAGUGUGGCAUGUUGAACGCGUUCCAAAUGGUGGCGGGGCUCAAGAAGGACAAGCAGCGCCUUCGGGCCGAACUGCCUGCCCAUGUAAAGCGUCGGCAACUGAGCCAAUUCCAAUGCAACCCGAUUCUAAACAUGCGCGAAGUCAAAGAGAAAGCUCCAUAUGCGUGCGAUUAUGCGGGAUGGUCGGCCGAGAAUGCACAGGAUUGUGUGGCUAAGUUAGACCUGUGGUCGGUGGAAAACCGCGAACGCAAAGCCCUUCAACGCCUUGUCACGCAAGGUGCCCCUCCUGAAGCCCCGGCCUUGUUCAAAGACGAAGACACGACGCUGGACCCGACGACGAUGUUAUUGCUUCGGUGGCAUCCGCCUCCCGUACACGGCAAUAAUGGCGCUGCGUUUUACAUCUUGGAAACGUCUGGCGCAGAGGGCUCGACGACGUACAAGCAAAACGUGUUUCGAGAACUCGUGAGGGACCCCCAAGACUUUCAUGACAACCAGGGCGAACCUCGGUACCAUUAUGUGGUCACAGGGCUCGUCCCCAACACCAAGUAUGCCAUCCGCCUCCGAGCGUUAAAUGCAUUUGGGGCAGGGCCGUAUACGUUUGGUUACUUUACAACGGUGCCGUCGGCGCCUCCAGCCCCCAUGGCCACCCGAGUGACGUGGAACAGCAUCCACUUGAGCUGGAACACAUCCAUUUGGUACGAAACCCAGCUCAAGGAACUGCGACAAGUAUUUGAUCAAGCCGACGUGGACCACAACGGAGAAAUCUCUCGCGACGAAUUCGUCGACGAGAUUGAAAAGCGAAAGCCCCGGGUGCUCGAGUUUCUUCAAAAGACCACCGUCAUGACUGCAGACACGACAGGGGUGCCGCUGAGCAUGUUUGACCUGAUUGAAACAAACGACAGCAAUUCCAUCUCGUGGCAAGAGUUUGUGCAAAUGUUCCAAGCCACCAUUGACUGGGAUGCUGUGGACAACAAGCCGGCGAAACCGGCGACGGGGGGUCCGCCGUCCACAUUGGCGUCCAAGCAGCGAGGAACCAACGUCCGCACCAACCGAACUCGCUACGUGCUAAAGCAGUGCAUGGACGAAGUCGCGGGCGUGUAUGCGGAAAUCUACCGCGGCACCAAGCCGUAUUUCGUAGUUUUGGGCCUCGCCGCCGGCACCGCCUAUCAGUUUCGCGUGCAAACGUUGAACGAAGACAACGUGGCGUCGCUGCACAGUGCGGCCACGGUGGUGCACACAGCGCUUAUGACGCCCCAGGCGCCAGUGGUGGCCACCCUGGGCGACUCGAGCGUGACGCUGCAGUGGGCUGAAGGCAGUGCGCUGGCCAACGACCAGCUGACGUUGGCGCAAAAGACCAAGCGUAUGAAAAAAGGCGCAGUGUUGGACGACUCGGUGCACCGGAUGCUCAAGGAAUGGGCCAAGGAGACCAUGGUCGACUCACCGUCGAUUGACUUUGCCGGCAAGUUCAAAAGGUACGACACCGACGGCAGCGGGUUCAUCGACGUGGCAGAAUUCCAAACCCUCUUGGCGGAAUUGGGGGUCCCCCCUACCCCCGAACGCAUCCAAGCGUACAUGACCGAGUUCGACACGAACAACGACGCCAAGAUCUCGUUUGACGAGUUCAAAGCGUGGUGGAACAAGGACACCGUCGAGUACGUCCUCAAGCGCUCGACAACAACGUCCGACGCGUCGACAGUAUGCUAUCGCGGCCAUGGGGCCACGACCUCGGUCGCGGGGCUUGCCCCCAACACGCGCUACAUCUUCCGGUUGCGUCACGUCAGUUCCCACGCCACUUCCGCGCUGAGCGCCGCCGCUUCGCUCAUGACGCUGCCCCGCGCGCCGUCGCCGGUUGGUGUGAUCGAAGCGUUGUCGACAAAGCUGCGCGUGAAAUGGCACCCCGGAACGAAUGGCGCUGAACGAUACUUGGUGGAAUACAGAUGGACAGAGAGCGUCGAGUCGACAAAGACAGCCGCAAAGCCACUGGCUGCCAAGGACGCUGCGUGGGUAGUGGGGUACGAAGGACAAGACACAGUGGCCACGUUGGUAGGGCUCGCGCCCAGUUGCAUCUACCGCCUUCGCGUGCGAGCUUCCAACGCCGAUCGGGGAUGGAGUGGGUAUGGAAGUGUCACGGACGCCUGCACGUGUGCAAAGGAUCCGUCGAUGAAACCUGCUGUGGCCGCGGAAAUGUACAGUUGUCCACAUAUACGUAUAUAUAAAGACCAGGACGACCUCGAUAUCACAACCAUGUAGGUUCAAAGUGGAAGUGGGCGGACCUGGUCAAAUGGUCAUAGGGGACACGAUCUUGUUUACAGAGAGAUUGUUUCUUGGGGACAAGGGCAACGUCGUGGAAGACGAAGAACGGAGGCGCGGCAAGUCCAAGCCAUCAUCGCACCAUGCCGGCCAUGAAUGUGUGGGCGAACGGACGAUCGCAGCAAGAGUGACCAAAUUCGUCGUGGACUCGUUGGCGGUGCGCACCGUCGUGAUGCUCGACGUGGUGUGGUCCACGGUGCUAUUCUACGACCAACUGCAUCAGAAAACCAUGGCAGCGGCGGCCACGUUGCAGCCAGACAUCAAGUUAGCCCGAGGGGAAGGCGCAAUCCUGAAGUACGAGACAUUUCGGCUGCCGUGGCAGGAUGAAGUGGCUCGGAACCCAAACAUGCCUACCAAGUUGGCAGAGUGGGCGGCAUGGCAACAAGCAAAUGGAAAAUGACGAGUAACGUUAAUGCUUAAUAUGGACGUCUAGUAGACGAAGUAUUGACUUUGUCGACGAGCAGUUGGAGGUUGGUGUAAAAGAGGUGGCAGCGAAUCGGCAUUUCCAGCUCGUAGAACGGGUUCUUGAGCACGUAGUCUGCGUACAACUCGUAGAUUUGGCGCAACACAGCCUCAAGGUCGCCGCUGGAGAUGUUUGGCAGCGCCGUGAUGAAGAACUUGGUGCCUGUCAGCGUCUGAAAGCACUGCAGCCGGAACGAGUCCGUGUCCAUCGACACAAUGCCUUUGGACGCCACUGGCGCCGCCAAUGCUGCGAUAGCGUGGAUGCUGUGGAAGGUUGAGCCUAGGCGCAAACGGUCAUUGCUACUGAUUUUGGGCGCUUCAGCACUCAGGUCUUGUUGGUACACCACCCCCCCAGCCUUGUUGAUCACAAACAAGGACAACAGCAUGUUCGUCGAACAAAA